AUGGAGAAGGCGCUGGAAAUGGCGGAAGGCAUCCAAGUGACCGGCGCGCCUGUCCGCACCACGAGAGAUGAACUGGUUGCCAAGGUGAAGAAAAGAGGCAUAUCAAGUAGCAAUGAAGGGGUAGAGGAGCCCUCCAAGAAGCGAGCUGUUGAGAAAAGCAAAGAGUCGAAGGAUACUGGAAAGGACAUGAAAACAACUAAGGCAGAAGCCCCAAAGGAAACAGAGAGCGCAUUGCCAAAAAAGCAGGAAAAAGAUACUAGCAAAGAUCCAGAAAGCUCCCAGUCAACUUGCAGUUCAAAUCAAGAAAUGGUCACACCAUCAGACGUAGAAACAGAAGCAAAACCAGUUAAUGCUGAAAACACUACUGAGCAAAAUCCAUCUUCAUCUGAAAAAGUGUCAGGAGAGAAGCCUUGCUCAAAUCCACCUAAGGAAAGCAAGUGUGAAAAUGUGCCAUCGCCUGAAAAGAAAACUACAGUAAGUGCAGUGCCACCGGCUGCCAAGAGUGCCCCGCAGGCAGCGGUGGUGCCCCCGGCCGCCAAGAGCAGCCCGCAGGCCGAGACGGUGGCAGCAGCGGUGCCACCGACCACCAAGAGCACCCCGCAGGCAGCAGCGGUGCCACCAGCUGCCAAGAGCACCCCACAAACGAGUGCUACAUUGCUGUCUUCCAAAACCCCAGCGAGUGCCCCAGCAUCGGCCCCCAAGAGCGGUGCUCAGGCAGGUGCCUCGCUGCUGCUGGCCCCCAAGAGCAGUGCUCAGGCAGGUGCCUCGCUGCUGCUGGCCCCCAAAAGCGGUGCUCAGGCAGGUGCCUCACUGCUGCUGGCCUCCAAGGGCACUGCUAAGGCAGGCUCCUCGCUCCUGGCUUCCAAGAGCAGUGCCGAGGUGGCUGCCUCGUUGCUGGCUGCUCGGAGCGGCGCUCAGCAAGGAUCCUCGCUGCUGGCUUCCAAGAGCAGCGCUCAGGUGGCUGCUUCGCUGCUGGCUACUCGGAGCGGUGCUCAGCAAGGUCCCUCGUCGCUGGCCUCCCGGGGUGGAGCUCAGGCAGGUGCUUCCCUGCUGGCCUCCAAGGGUGGCACGCAGGCAGGUUCACCGCAGCUGGCCUCCAAGAGUGGCUCGCAGGCAGGCGAAAGCCCUGCUAAGGCUUUGUGCAAACCAUUAACCAGUGAAGAUGCAAAGGAAAGACAGCCUUUUUUCAACAGACUAUACAAAGCUGUAGCCUGGAAACUGGUUGCUGUUGGAGGCUUCAGCCCUAACGUAAAUCAUGCAGAACUUCUAAACUCGUCUAUUCAGUCUGUCAAAGCUACAUUGGAUGUUGCUUUUGUUCCCCUGAAGGAACUUGCAGACUUGCCCCAAAAUAAGAGCUCUCUAGAAAAUAUAGUUUGUGAACUGAGGUGCAAGUCUGUCUACUUGGGUACUGGCUGUGGUAAAAGCAUGGAAAAUGCCAAAGCGGUUGCUUCAAGAGAAGCUUUGAAAUUGUUCCUCAAGAAGAAAGUUAUUGUGAAGAUAUGUAAAAGAAAAUACAAAGGUAGUGAAAUUGAAGAUCUGGUACUUCUGGAUGAAGAAUCAAAACCUUCGAAUUUACCUCCAGCUUUAAGAAAUCCUCGUGAGAUCUUGUAGGGGGGAACCGCUGUUUGUACCGUGUAUAGUAUUUCAAGACAAGGACUAAAGGUUAAUUUUGUACUUUAAAGAUGUAGGCUUCCAGAUAUUUUGUAUUUCUUUCUCAGUUUUGCAAGACAAUGAUAGCCCUUUCACUUGGUAGCAAUUGUAUAAAACUUGUUAGAGAUGACAAGUGCGCAUCUAAAGGUAUGCCUUAAUACAUAGCACACUAGUGUGCUGUUUUAUUUGCAGAAUAGUCUACCUAAUUCUUCUAUUUUUCAUGAAACAAUUAAGGUACAAUUUGCUGUUUAAAACCUGAAAAUUUUGUAAUUCUUACAAUUUGAUGGCAGUGUGCUCAAUUGUCUACCAUGUCUUUUUUUAGCCACAUAGAAGUAUGUAUGUAGGGACCAUGAUACUUGAAUGAUUGAAAGCUGUUUAAAAAUUUCAAUCAAAAAGUUGAAUCAUCUGUUUCAGGCGUGUUGCUCAUAGUGUUCACUGUUGCUCAUAGGAGGAGAGAAAAUAGUUGGUUGACUAUUUUUAUGGGCUGUCGUAACUCUCGCAAUAUAAACGACAGCCCGAUCCCAUUCAGCGUUAUAUGAGCAGGUUAGAUCGCGUUUAACAUCAUACUGGCAAAUUAGCGGUUAGCAGUCAAGCCGCAGCUACUUCAGCCACCAAAACUCUGUAAGCGUAUUUAAUUUCUGUUGUGAAAUACCAUUUAUGGUUUUUUCAAAUAAACAUAGAUUUCUAUGCUAAGCAUCUUUUGACUGCUACUAAAACAAUAAAACCUCUGGGAUGUGCUUCUACAGUACUUUGGUUUGGGCUAUUUAAAUAUUCCAGCCAUUUCAAUGACUUUGCAGCACCCUAAGAGAAGCUUUACUUUGAGCGGCUUCAAGGUGUAAUCCCACCAGGGUGAGCUGUUUUCUUUCGAUGAGUAGCUGAAAUACUGUAAAACUGAUAGAGUGGACCUAUGGAAUAUCUAUUUCUACUUUUGUAACGCUUACCAAGAGAAGCAAAAUGGAGAGGCUGCUGUCUGCUAGAGACAGGGAGCGUGUUGUAAGGCGUUCCGGCUAACCAAGCCCUUCCUUUUGCGACGUUUUUACACGAUGUACAGAGUGGUUUGGAGCAAGGAAAGUGGGAGAUUACCUUUUAUUUUCGAUGUUACUGAAAUACCUGCACAAACUGCAUGUUUUGAUAUGUUGGAUAAUGACAUGUAAUUGUAAAAACAUAAUGUCUUCAGUGCUAUCUUGAAUUAAUCUUGUCCGAUUACAGUAGUUAGCGUCAUUUAAUGGAGUUCUUACACUUGACUGACAGAUCCAUCCAUCGAGUACUACGGGAGUGGAGAGGAGCUCCUGGGAUCUCAGUAGUAUGUAUGUCCACUCAAAGACUUAAAGUUCCUUUGUGAUUUUGGGACUGAACCACAAUGGCGUUCUUACACUGUACUCAACGUGAUUUUGAACAGCGGUGGCCGUCUGGUCCGUAGCCAUAGCGC